AUGAACUCUUCCUCCGAUGCAAACCAAAGUGGCUCUCCCCCGUUCUGCCUGCUGGGAGCCGCGGGUUACUCCCGCAGCCUGGAUACCUGCGUGCUGGAGGUGGUCGUCAUUCUCUUCCUCACCGUGCUCAUCAUCGCGGGCAACCUGGUGGUGAUCUUCGUCUUCCACUGCGCCCCGCUGCUGCACCACCACACCACCAGCCACUUCAUCCAGACCAUGGCCUACGCCGACCUGCUGGUGGGCGUCAGCUGCCUGGUGCCCUCGCUGUCCCUCCUCCACUACCUCCGGGGCCUCAACGAGGAGCUCACCUGCAAGGCGUUCGGCUAUAUGGUUUCUGUGCUGAAGAGCGUCUCCAUGGCCUCGCUGGCGUGCAUCAGCGUGGACCGCUACAUUGCCAUCACCCGCCCUCUGUCGUACGCCACGCUGGUGACACCGUGCCGGCUGAGAGCGUGCAUCGUCCUCAUCUGGGUUUACUCCGCCCUGAUCUUCCUGCCGUCCUUCUUCGGCUGGGGCAAGCCGGGUUACCACGGGGACAUAUUUCAGUGGUGCGCUGACUCUUGGGAGACCAGCCCUGGGUUCAGCACCUUCAUCUUGGUGCUGCUCUACGCGCCGGCAACGCUCACCGUCUGCUUCACCUACGGGAGUAUAUUCCGAAUCUGCCGGCAGCACACGCGGGAGAUCACCCAGCGCCACGCUCGCUUCAGCUCGCAGACGGAGGGCGAUAAAGGCGAGCGGGGGGAGCGCUGCGAGGGCUGCCCGGACAAACGCUACGCCAUGGUGCUCUUCCGCAUCACCAGUGUCUUCUACGUGCUGUGGAUGCCGUACAUCCUCUACUUCCUCCUGGAGAGCGCCGGGCUGUAUCACCACAAGGUGGCGUCCUUCCUCACAACAUGGCUGGCGAUUAGCAACAGCUUCUGUAACUGUCUCAUCUACAGCCUCUCCAACAGCGUCUUCCGGAAAGGUCUCGGCCGCCUCUUUAGCCCGUUGUUUCCCUCCUGCCUCGGCUGCAUGGACGCCAAAAAGGCUCCAGCUCCCAUCAGCCCGUGAGCAGACCCUCGAUGGGUAUGGGAAGUAUGAGCCCUGACCACGAUGAAUUCGGUUGGGUCUCGGCCUUCUUUGCGUUUGCACUCAGCUGCAUAGCAUGACACAGGUCUUUUUGGUCCCGCAUUAAAAUGUGUUGAGGACCCCCUGCACGGAGCAUGCAGAGGUGCCCGUGCAGAUGCCUGUCGGUCGUCUCAAAGGCUGAUUUUUGUGGAGGCUGUGAAGCUUUCUCUUGAGUGUGAUGCUGCUCUUUCAUGGCUGCAAAGAUCACAAGCUGACAACACGGAGUAAAGAAGUUUGAUAUUGAUAAAGAAAGUGGACUGUAGGAAUAGGAUUCAUGUGUGUGUCACUUCAAUGGAUUUAAUAAACCUUCUCGCCUGCACUGACUUAACAACUCCCAGAAGCAAAAAAAAAGGAAAGCACAGCGCGACUUGUGUUGUUGCAAUCCACUGAAAUGCAAAAAAUAUUUGAAAUCUUUUCAAGCCUGACUGAAAAAUCUGCAAAAUGUCUUGGUUCUUUCAGGGUAGAAUCAGGUGAUGCAAAAAAUGUUGACACUACACUUGAAACAGACUACUGAUCUGUUUCCCUUAGGGAACUCCAGAAGAUUCUAUGAGUGUGUGAAAAAUCAAUCUGAUAAUCAGCCUGUGUGUGAGUUAAACAUGUGUAUCAGAUGGACUUUAAGCUCAUUUCCCAGAGAGAAGAUUGAGAUUUAUUUCAGAGCUUGUGUGUGUUUUAUUCCUCUCUUUUGAAGCUGGGUGUUAGCGGGAAGCUUCAAGUAUGUUUACACGGUCUUGGGUUUCACAUGAAAUUGUUGAUUUAAGAAUUAGCUUUACUUACUAAGAAUGCCACUGACUGGGGAAAUUUUGCUGCGGGCAGACAGCGGCAUGUCCUCAUCAAAGAGACAAUACAUAGUAUUUAUUUGAAGAGUUGUAUUCUCUGUUUGCAUUUCCUCCUCAGGUUUAUCAGCGGUUCUUUGUUAAGCCUCUGGGCUGUUUGCCUUUUGAGCUCAGCUGAAACAGUACAUGACUCCUAAAUCACAAGCCACGUAGCGUCUUAAGAUAAUCACCCCCUGACGUGUCGCGUGUUGGUGAAUCUGCUGUCUGCCGGGAUACACACGAACACCAUGCAAAGACUAACUUGACUGUAGUCUUUAUUGCUUGUGUCUCUUGAGCCCUCAAGCAGGUAAUAGCUGUUGAGAUCAGGGUGAAGUGGAAGAGAAGCGUUAUCGCUGUGCAUCACAAGCCCGACUUCAGAGUGUAAGAGGGUCAGAGCACUUUUUCAGAGAGCCAGUGACCACUUGUGGCUUCAUGUAAAUAGACUUCAGAGUUUAAAUAUUUAAACAGUGGCUAACCGGGCCCCUGAUGUAAAGUAGGCCUCUAGGAUUACAAAUGAUCUUGUGGAUGGAGUGCUGUUGCGUGUUUCAUAAAAUACUUUAUUUGUCACAGCCAAGAGGUCUGACACGCGACACUCAAGACUGAAUCUGUUUUUUUUUUACAGUGUUGAGAAGAAGAAGUGAUUCUUUAUGAACUGCAGGGAGAUUUAAGAUUUAAGUGCUAGAGUUUUAAAGUCACAAUGAAAUGGUAUUUCUGAGAGCGUCUUGCUCUUGAAUUUGAUAUAUUUGUGGUGGUUGAAAAAAAAACAAAAAAAAAGAACAUUUUGGGAGGAUUGUUUAGUAAAUAAAACACAAUAGCCAAAAGUAUAUGGACGGCCGAUCACCAACCUUUGUGUAGCCGACUUUAUCUGGGGCUGUUCUCAAGGUUUUGAGCUCCUGAGAUUUUUAAGCAACAGCAUACGCAGGUAUUUUCAAAGGCAAAACAAAGCCUUGGAUCAAAUUCAGAUUUUCUUUUUUUUUAUAAAUACUGUCAAUAUCCUUUCCGUGGAAAUAGCAUGCUAAAUUUGCAGUAAACUAUAAAACUGAACUGAAAACCAAACCCCAGUUUGCAAUACUCUGGUGUUGUAAAUUGCUGUGUAUUUUAUUUAUUUAUUGGUUAAUUUAACAGGGAAAGUUUACAUUAAUAAACCUUGCUGCCAAUGAGCCGGAUAGAAGAACCUGCAAGAGAAACUGUCAACUAAGCAUAAGAACUAUAUCAAGUUAGGAUUAGCCUUAACUUGGGCCACAUUUUUCCUCAAAUAUUAUGUGUAAAUGCCAUUUUUCAAUGAGGUUUUCUCAUAUUUCAAUAAUGAUAUUUAUCAUGAUAUAGCAUGUUUUCUAGUAAUUAAUAAAUAAAUACAUAAAUAAAUAGUCUAUAUGAAAUAGCUACAUGGUAAAGGCUAUUUUUGUAUACUCUUGCAAGGAUCAGUACUUGCAUCAUCAAAAUGACGUAAAUAUGGCCACCUUGAUAGCUCAUUUGGUAGAGGGGGUGCCCAUAUGUAGAGGUUUACUCCUCCACGCAGCGGGCCCGGGUUCAACUCUG